CAGCUACCAAAGGAUCUCCCACUUUGAUUGUCCUGGAUCAAAGUUUGCAAAAAGCUGCUAGAUAUGUGUAUAUAUUAUUGUGGAUCUGGGUGAUUCUGUCCAGGCUCGGCUGAAAUCCACACAUGCCUGUGUGGCAACUUCACGUGAUCGCCGUGCUAGACUGCGGCUCAAACUGGGCCUUGGGUGUCUGUGCGGAAAAAGCGUCCGCGGUGCGCAUGUUGGCGCCUUCAGUGGUAGGCGGAGCUUAAAGCUCCAGGGUUAGUGAAACCAUGGCGGCUCGUGUGCCUUCAAGCCAUGGAAGUCUUGAUGGUGGCGAUGUUCCGGCUGAGACCGGACCGGAUGCCCGUGAUGAUGGCAGAGCCGGACGUUCCGACGAAGAUGCCGAUGGGUUUGAUAGCGAGGAGUUUCGUGAAUGGCUCCAAGAAAGGGCCAGUCGACGACGUGCAGAAGGUGGUCGGAGUCGUCGUGAAGGACGAGGUCGACGAGGAGAAGAUGAGAGCGAAGAGGAACGUGGCCCUGGAGGUAAGGGGCUGGGUGCCGGCUUGCCGCCGGAAUGGGAUAGCACCAGCAACUUUCAGGACUGGGCUAUCAAGGCUAGGCUUUGGCUGGCCACCACUCGGGCCAAAGGUCACACCCAAGGCCCAUUGAUGUUACAACGCCUGAGUGGGCAAGCCUUUCAAAGCUUCAAACAUUGGGCAAAGGACACGGAGUGGCUGAAGGACCCUCAAGGUGGACAUCGACUUCUGGCUGCAAUGGACACUCCAGAAUACUUUGGAGAGGACACUGAGGAGGAGCUCCUUUCGUCUUUGUCAAAACUGACAUACCACCUGAGGCGAGGCAAGGAUGAGACCUGCCGACAGUUCUUCACUCGGUGGGAUGAUGCAGUUAGAAAGAUUGGAGAGCACCGGGUGACUUUGCCUGAUCGGUAUCUGGGCUUUUUGCUGAUCAACGCCCUGGGCCUGAGUGAACAGGACACGAAGGCACUGAUGGCCUUCAGUCGUGGUUCAAUCCUGGUGAAGGACGUGAAGGAAUGGUGCCGCAAACAUGAGAUGAAACUUCAGGCCAGGGACGUGGGCACCGAGCGAAAGGGGAAUGCCAAGACCUUCCAAACCUUGGCAACGACCACCAUCGAGCCGGACGAGGAAGACGAGCUGUGCGCCAUGGAGGAGAUCUAUCGCGAACUACAUCCUGAAGAUCUUGGCGAAGGAGAAUCGGAGCUGGGCGUGGAGGACUUCGAGGACGUCUUGGAAGAGCACGAGGCCAAGGAGAUUUUGAAUACCAUGGUGACGCAGAAAAAGAAAACCUUCAUGCAAAGCCUGAAGACGAAACGAGCCAAGGCAUUGGCGCGUGGGUAUGGCCAAUGGAAAGACAAAGGUGGCUCGAACACUUCGAGAUCUCAGAGCUCUAUGGGAACUUCGGGCUAUGUGAAGGGCGGAUACUACAGGAUGACCUUGAGUGAAGCCAAGGCCAAGUCAAAAUGCUCCAAAUGUGGCCAGGUUGGACACUGGCACCGUGAUCCUGAGUGUCCUCGAAAUGGUGGACGACCGCCGACUUCGAACUCCAAGGAGGUGAACUUCAUGGAGGCCAAGACGAACCUGACCACUGACGAGGCCAUUUUCUGUGGCCAUCUUGAACCAGUGGAUCUGGAUCAUGCUCCUGCUGAAAGUGGGACGCCUGAGAAGAACCGUUUCCGAUUUUCUGGAAUGAGGCUGUUAAGGGAUCUCAAUGGAACCCUGUUGAAACCCCAGAAGAACUUUGUGCAACGAUUGACCAAGUGGGGCACUCCGAGUUCCGUUAGGUUUUUGCUCAAGCCACCUCCGUGCCCCCGUUCGCUGACCCUCCACCGGUCGAGAGUCCACAUGCUUCCGACGUCAGCCAUGGAUGCCCGCGGCAAUGCCAAGAGGUCUCGGACGGCGAACGAUGCCGCCGCCGAGCCACUGACUGCGUGGCAGCGCAUUGUGAUGAAGGUGCUCUUCGUGGUGGCCAAGAUGACCGAGCUGAUGGUGCGACUGGCGGGAAUGGCACGACCCAAGCCGGUGCAGCCAUUUUCGGCAUUUCCUCAAGUACCAGGGGUUUACCUGACCGGCACCUUGUUGGAGAUUGCGGAGGAGCAGGAGGAGCUGGAGAGUUGGGAUGGGAUCUCACUUGCCGGGGCCGAGACAGAGAACUUCAUCCCUCAGCAGCACUACACAAUCAACUACCGGGCUCCAGUAUCUCCGGGAUCCAGCAUGAACGGGUCCCAGGUGUCCGAGGUGACUCAGGGGAACUAUGUGACGGACGAGGACAUGCAGAUCUUAGGGCCACCACCGAUGUGCCAGCACAACAUCCCCAGCAGGGUGUUCAUCUCUCGGAAGGAGGGACCCAAUCACAGCCGGCUGUUCUGGCGAUGCAGUCAGCCGAGACACCUCCAGUGUCCCUUCUUCGCGUGGACCAUCUACCAGCCGUACUGGGCCGAGGAGAAGUACCAGCCGCCACCUCGCGGGGGACCGAUGACGAGCUCACCAACGCUGCGGGGAAGCAAGGCUACAUCAUUGAGGAGCACCAGACCGGGGACACCAGCUAUGUCGACUCCGAGCUCACCAACCACUCUGACUGGCAGCGAGGUCCAUUCCCGAUGCCUUCAUCGCCGAGUGACCCGUCAGGGGACCAAUGGAAUCAGCUACCAGGAGAGGUGUGCCGACUGUGGGAAGCUUCUGAAGAAGGAGCCACGGAAUUCCGACAGCGAGAGCAGCAAGGGCAACAUCAAGAAGGAGAGUGGAGGGAGCCGACCCCGCAUGACCAAGGAGACCCUGGACGAGUUCCAAGAGUUCCAGGAGUUCCGCAAGUGGAAACAGUCCAAGAAACCGGACAAGAAGGGGGACGAGAGCGACUGA